UUGACGUUGCAAAGAUGGUGAUCUUCAGUGUGUAUGUUGUGAACAAGGCUGGAGGUUUAAUUUACCAAUAUGACAAUUAUGUCCCGAGGGCGGAAGCCGAGAAAACGUUCAGUUAUCCUUUAGAUUUAGUGCUCAAGCAUCACGAUGAAAAGGUCGUGGUGUCGUUUGGACAGCGGGACGGAAUCAGAGUGGGCCAUGCAGUGCUGUCCAUCAAUGGAGUGGAUGUGAUUGGUAAGAGCACGGCAGAUGGAAAGGACAUCCUUGAAUACUUAAAGGACCCUUCAAAUUAUCCAGUGUCUAUUCGCUUUGGACGGGCACGCCUGAGCUCCAACGAGAAGCUGAUGCUGGCAUCUAUGUUCCACUCGUUGUUUGCUAUUGGCUCACAGCUGUCCCCUGAAGUUGGCAGUUCAGGGAUUGAGAUGCUAGAAACGGACAUGUUUAAGCUCCACUGUUUCCAGACUCUGACAGGGAUCAAGUUCAUCGUGCUGGCAGACCCUCGUCAAUCUGGUAUUGAUGCGCUAUUGAGGAAAAUUUAUGAGAUAUAUUCAGAUUUUGCCCUCAAGAACCCGUUCUAUUCUCUGGAAAUGCCGAUCAGGUGUGAGCUCUUUGAUCAGAAUCUUAAGAGUGCGCUGGAGAUUGCGGAGAAAGCUGGCAACUUUGGAGCUGGAUCUUGAACCAGAGAAGGCUAGUUAGAAUGAGCUAAAAUUUCUAACCUCAGCAGAUUCACUGAAUUCAUGUGACUGUAGUUUAAGUUCAGUUGGAGCAUUGUCUGUGUUUCUUUUUAUCUUUUGGUUUCAAAGUGGCAGUUAACACAUUGUAAAUAUGUCAUGUUUUGUAAAUACUUGAAGAUUAAAUUACAUACUG